GGCUAAAAUAAAAUGUUACAAAAUCAGCUUUUAUUAUUUAUAGUUUUAUUUCCAAUUCGUACAUAAUACACUAAAGUCAUUCGAAAAAAAAAAACGCUUCACGACAAAAUUAAAAAAAAAAUCUUUUGAAAAGUUUUGAAAAUUUCAGUUUUUAACAAUUGCAAAGUUUAAAAUUGUUGUUAACAGUAAACAAAACAAAUGAGCAAUUCCCUGCCGUUAAUAUUUCGAGGAUUCAAGUUUUUCAUCCCUUUGUCCAGUAUUUGCGUAAACAAAAAUUUACAUCAAAUUGGGAUGAAAAGAGAUCGUACGGAGAAAGAAAGGAAUACUGACGAACUUGAAGAUUCCAUUAAAUUGGAAUAAUACCAGUAUUUACAAGUAUUUUAAAAAAACUGCUCGUUUAUAAGGAAUCAGCACAAAGAACCACGGAUAAAAUCUGUUUGUCAUAUGGUAAUAAAGCAUAGCAACUUGUUUCCUGCUGUGUAUUGCAACAAAGGAUGCUUGUUGGUAAAUUAUGUAAGCCUAUACUCAAGUUUGUCCACGUCAUUCAAAAGCUACUUCGCCAAAAUUGCAUCGAUCGUAAAUUUCAUAAUGAACGUCGAAUUAAUUGCCAAAAUACCGCAAAGAAGAAGGUAGACUUUGCGGGUGAAAGACCGACGCCGGAUUCCACGGGUAACGCCUCCAAUCGUAGACUGACCAGAAGACAAAACAAAGACUUCGUAGUGUCCCAUGUCGAAAAGGCCGAUUUAAAUGCUUCUUUCCGGGCUCCGUUGAGGCACAAAACCGCUAAAUCGGCAGUAAUUAAAAAGAAAAGUUACACGAAGACGUCAAAUGAUACGAGCAAGUCGAUCUCAGAGCAUAACCCAAAAAAGAUCAGUCGUGAUGUCCAAACGGGCAUUAAAUCCCGAGACAACAAGAGCAGGAAAAAACUCCGCACUGGUUCGGCUAUAAAAAAGAAAAGAAAGUAUAAAAAACGCAAACGGGAUUCGGAGAGUACGAAUAAAAAGACCAAAACGAUAAAUGUGAAUAAAAGGCAUAAAAUAAACAAGAGUAAAAGAAAGUGCUUUAUAGAUGAUAUAAAGUUGAGCCGAAUACGUGCUAGAAAUUAUGACAGAAAGCCCGAUCCAUCGAACGGCUUAAAAAAGAAAGCAACGAAUUACAGUCCACUUUUCGUCUUCGACCAGAUAUGUAUGAUCAUCGAUAUAGUGAUGCCUCACUUUGUUCUCUCAGCUGUGGAACAGUCCUUCGCAAAAACCGAUCUUGCAAAUAAUCAAGUAAGAAACUACGUCAACGACUAUAUUCACGACGCCAAAAAAGGCUUCAAGGAAAUGAUUUUUUAUUACUUGUGCAAUUCACAGGAAGACGUUUGGAGAGAGAAACUCAACCAGAUCUGGCAUUGUUUAAAAAUGUGCAAAUUCUAUAUUCUACGUUCAGACGGAACGAAAAAGAAAUCCACUAACGUGAAAAAUUAUGUCAAAGUUAAUGCCAAGAUCGCGCCUGCGAAAAAGAAAAAAGCUUACAAAUUUGUACCGAAAGCCAGUUACGUCAAAUCAUGUCUACCUUUGCAAGAAGCCGGACGUUCGACUUCUGAUAUUACCAUGGAAAACGUGUCGUCCUUUGUCCCUAAAGAGUGCCGUGUUGAUGCCAAAGUAAUGUACGUUAAACCAAAAACCAAAUAAAUUCAAGCUCCCAUAUUUACUGUCUGAUACAAAAAAAAAUCUCAAUAUUUAAUGAGUAAAUAUAUUAAGUAAGCGCUUGUACAAACUUCAA